UACUCUGGUAUUUCAAAAAUAAUGAUCGUUAAUUCCCUUGUUGAAGUCUGAAGAGGGACCUGUUUAUAACAACGCUAAGUGGGCAAUUAUUAUAUUUGUGUUACUGGUAUCUACUGCUUUUUAAAGUUGUCAAGUGGAUGAACAAUCGGAAUAUGUUUUAAAUGCGAUAAUUGCUGUCAGGGGUUUAGUGCUGUGAUUUCUACAUGACUGCUGAUAAUAGAAGUAUUUUAUUUUCUGUGAAACGCUAUUCACUUGUAUUUUUAAUUUAAAACUAAAAGAAACUGUCUUUCAGAGAAUUGGAUACGUCAACAGCUGUCAUGAUGUGGAAAAAUUGAGUUUGGCCCGAAAAAGGUCAGUGAUUUCCGUGGAAGCAGUAUCGGUAUGGGCAUAGACUGUUCAAAAUACCUGAUAAAAAUAAGGAUACAGUUUUCCGGCAUGCUUUUUUUUUUCAACUGAACGCCUCAUAAAAAGGCACUUAUUUGAAUAGUCACAAUUGCUUUUAAUAUCAAGCCAUGGUUCGAUUAGAUAAGUGCGUUGAAGCGUUGUACGACAGCGUAACCGCCGACACCAGAACCAGGAACUUACAGAUUCUUACUGUCAUGAAAGGGGCGAUUAGCAUGUCGCGGAGUAAGACGGGCGAAUGCAUCUUCCGUACCAACAAGAGAGAGCGGAGAAAUCUUGAACGACUUAUCAAAAUUGAGGGACGUAAUGCUAACUACAGCAUAUCCCAAAUAGAUUCACGUCGUAAAACUGUGAUAAGCCGGUGGUCGAAGGUCCUACAGGAUCAGACUACAUGUAGUUCAGAAGCGUUGUUCGAAGAACUCAUGGAGAUUGACGACGGUCUUGACAAUAAUCACGAGAUAACCGUGCGUCGCGAUAGCCCUGUACACCAUGAUAGCCCUGAACCGCGAGAUAUCAAGCUUAAAACAUUGAUAGAGUUAAGACUUGCAAAACUGGAAGAUGAGAACAAUACUAGCGGUUUUGCGACUGUAAUGGCGUCUCGCAGAAGACAUAUGCCUAAUAGUUACAUACAAGAUGAAACAGCAGACGACACCAGUAAUGUACAUUCUGAAAAAGAAUUUGUAACAGAACGUAAAGAAAUUCGAAGCAAGUAUAUGGAAGAAAAUGGAAAAGAAAUCACUAAUAAAGAACAAGGCCCUACAAUGUUGGGGACUGUGUUGUCGAAAUCUCAAGUUGUGCAGCUGCCGUCUGUUCACCGUCAGAAUAUACCGGCGGAAUCGAAAUCUGCUGAGGUCACAACUCCAACAUUAGAACGUGACCCGACAGACUGGAGAAACUGGUCGCUGAAUGACAAGUCCCGGAUUAAAGGUUACCUUCAGCGUGAAAAGACAAGACAUGAAGACCUAAUCAUAAGGAAUGCUUUAAACAAGAUAGAAACUGACAUGUCUGGUGCAAACACUAUCAGACGUCAGCAAAUGCGACAAAAACUUCAAAAUGAGAGACAGCAAAGGGAGGCCGAAAUUCGACGACAGGAACGUGCGCAAAAGGAAGCGGAAAUAUCACGUGAGAUAGCAAUUCUAUCGUCUGCUACUGGGAAAAGCUCGUCCUCGUCUGGGAACACGAUAAUAACGUGCAAAACACCUCCAACAGUGAAACAUGUCGCUUUUAAAGAGCCUUUGAAUAUAGCUGGAAACUCUGUAUCGCAAAGUCGAAUCUCAGGCAUUCGACAAACUAAUAAAUCGAAAAAACGAUACAAGCCCGUUUCAACUAUUAUGAACCAUUUGCCUGCUAUUCAAGAAGAUUCAAGACAUGGAAAAGUAACAUCAGCAAUUUAAUAUCCUUCUAACAUUGUUACAUUUUUAACUAUGCAAAUUUUGAGAGAGAAAAAGGACAUUUUUGCAAGGGUCUUCUUACACAAGUAAUUUUUGUAUCAUCAGUGUUAAAACCGACAGGGCAUACAUGUAUUAAUUCCUAGAAGUGGCUUGUAGAUCCAGAUAUUUCUUUCAACAGGGCCUCCACUGGGCCUCAGAAAGUUGUAGCCACUUUUUGAAACUGCCAAAUUGAAGCUGAAUUGGCCACUUUCAAAAAUCUGUAGCCAGUUCUUUAAAUUUGUAGCAUUUGGCUACAUUGGCGAAUGGCAGAAAAGGCCCUGUUUCAACAUUCAUUUAUAUGCUCAAGGUCCAAGAGACAAAAAUGUUCCGUCAGAAGAUCCACAUAGGUGUACUACUUCCUAUACUCCCAUGUUAGAAUGCAGCAGAAAUGGCAGCAUAGCCCUGUACAUACCAUCUUUUUUCCUGGCUAAGAAAAGAAUGCAGGAUAUUCCCAUUUUUUUUUCUACUUUUUUCUAGAUAUUCAAGUUUCAUCAAAAACUUUUGUUGGAUCAAUUAAAAAGCAGAAACAAG